CUGCCCUCGGCACACGCUAACGUGCGUCUUCCGCGGACGGAGGUGUUUUACUGUUCGCUCGUACACGCGUCGCGUUCAUUCUUCACUUCUCCUCAACGUUACUUUUUCACACGUCCCGUACACAUUAUUACUACUAUUAUUAUUAUUAUUAUUAUUAUUAUUAUUAUUAUUAAUAUUCUCCUCAUCAAUUACUAUCAUCGUCGACAUCGUUAUUAUUAUUAUUAUAAUAAUUGUUAUUAAUAUUAUUAUCGUCGUCGUCGUCGUCGUCGUCGUCGUCGUCGUCGUCGUUGGUAGAUACGACGCGAAACAACAAUAUUUUGAAAAUCGCGAGUGUAUGUGUGUGUGGGUGGGUGUAGGGUGCACCGUACGCUCCGCCGACGAAAAUGUUGCGCGGACAAUGUUCGAUUGGCCGGCGGUCAGCGGGUUGACCGUUUGAAUUCGAUUCGUUUUCGGUUUCUCGUUUUUUCGUACCUAACCGCGACCCGCCGAAACGGUUUUGCAAAUUUCCGUCGUGUUAUCGUUUUCUCCUCACACCGACGACGCCGGUCCAAAAUGAUCGAUCGACGACCCGAUCUGGAAGUGAUCGACGUAUCUCAGAACGGGUUGUUAACGGAUAUGGACACGCCGCAGUACAGCCUUCGGUGGAACAAUCACCUGGUCCACAUGAUGGACGCCAUCGAAGUACUCCUGCAAAACGAAACUCUCGUGGACGUCACGCUGGUUUGUGAAAAGACUCAGUUUAAAGCCCACAAAGUCGUCUUAUCCGCUUGCAGUCCAUAUUUUCAAAGGCUAUUCUCUGAAACCCCGUGCAAACAUCCUGUGAUCGUGCUUAAGGACCUUCCCGACUGGGAGAUGAGAGCUAUCAUACAUUUCAUGUACAAAGGGGAGAUUAACGUUGGCCAAGAACAGUUGCCGUUGUUGCUACAAGCUGCUGAAACGCUACAAAUCCGCGGACUGGCCCACACUGAGCGCAUUCCGUUGUUUGUCGAUUCGCCCACUUCGUCGUCGACGACGCCCACAGACGUCCAACCACCACCGUCGCAACAGCAACAGCAGCCACCGCUUCCGUCGUCUCAUCAUCACGGCUCAAGCGGUCAUCAUCACCAUCACCAUCACCAUUCCAGCCGGGGCCACAGUCCCGGUGGCAAAUCAGGCUCGUCCGCCGGCCACGAGCUGAUGAACGGACAGAGUUCACCGGGCAAAGGUCACCAUCACCACCAUCACCACCACAGGCACCGGACCGCCGACUCGCCGCAGAGUCCGCGCAACAAGUCACAGCCACCGCCGCCGCACCACGCGCUCGCGCUCCCGCCGCCGCCGCCACCACACCACCGCGACGGAUCCGCUGGCCGCAUGUCGCCGACCACCCGGAUGUUCUUCCAAGCUGCCGCGGCCGCUGCGGCCGCAGCUGCGGCCAAUCCGUACGAUCCUUCGCACAUCCGUCUGCCACAAAUACAGCACAUGCCGCCCAUCACGUUCAACGACAGGAAUUGCCCGUCGCCGACGCCUCGCAGGAAACAGGCUAGACCCAGGCGAAGAUCAGGCGAAGCGAUUGGUCCACAAGAUUUGAGCAAAGCACCUUCUCCGUCAAACUUCAGUAACAAUGUCGCCGAAAAUUUGUCAAUGAAAAAAUCACCAAACAAUGAAAAUGUCAAUAACGAAAACAUGCCGACAAAUUUAAGUUGUAACAAUAAAAGGCCGGAUAGGACACCGUCACCGUCGACAAAACAAAUGAAGGUUGAAGUAGAAGAAUCAGAAAUGAUUGGAGACUUGGGACAAAGUCUGCCGGUAGAGUUGACUGCCAACAGUGGCAAUAACCCAAACGUAAACAACAAUAACAAUAAUAAUAACCAGUCGAGUAACAAAAAGAACCACCACCAUCACCACCAUCAUCAUCUCAACCACCAACAACAACAUCAGAGGCAUCCGGAUUUCCCUUAUUACGGACCGGAUCCCAUGAGCAUACCACUUAAUCCACACGAUCCGCACUUUGAGAACUCGUUGUUUCCUCCUUUUGGACCGUUGUCAUCGCUAUCUCUACAAGGACCUCCUCACAGUUUAUUUCCCGGUUUGGACGGCUGCAGGAACCCGCUACUAAAUGAACUGAUCGAACCAAGAUUUGACAAUCCACCACCGAGUAAAAAGAAAAAGAAAAUGUUCCCGGUAGGACGUCCCAAAGGCCAGCACAGCGCUCCGCGCGGAGGCCCACCCAGGUCGUGGACGAACGCCGAACUCACAGAAGCGUUGCAGCACGUGUGGAACAAGAAGAUGACUACGUCGCAGGCUUCCAGGAUCUUUGGUAUACCGUACAACAGUCUGCUCAUGUACGUGCGUGGCAAGUACGGCAAAUCACUAAAACUAGAGCAGUUGAAAAAAGAGUGUUUCGGCGACAUAAACGGUCCGCUGGACUUGUUGCACUUCGGGUCCAUAUCGAACAACAACAACAGUAGCAACAAGAACAAUAACAACAACAACAACAGCAGCAACAGCAACAACAACAACAGCAGCGGCGGCAACAACGGCCAGUCAAACGGUACUGGUAAUAGCAACAACGGACCGACACUGCAGCCGUGCAACCCGCCGUCGGAACCCGUCGACUUGAUGUUGGGCCCUCCUGGGUUCAACCCACCCGCGUUCCCGGCACCCAACUUCUUCCCGGACUUCGGGUCCACCUUCCCGAUGGGCAUAGACAUGAUACACCUGAUGCACCAGCAACAGCAGCAGAUGUCGUCGCUGUCGGCGGCCGACAAACACCAGUACUUGGGACUGCAAGACAUGAUCGGUGGUCAGCCGCUGCAGUCGUCCGUCGUGCUGGACUACGCGAUGAAGUCUCCGGCCGCCAGUCGCAGCAACUCGGAACCACCGACGACGGGCGGCGAGGGCGACGGAGACGGCGACGUCGAUGGUGAUGGCGACGGCGACUGCGACGAUGACGACGGGGCCGACGAUUGCGGCGUCGACGACGAGGAAGAGGACGACGAUGACGACGACGUGGUGGCCAUGGACUUCUCCAAGGCCGGUGACGUUGGCGGCGGUGACGUUGCUAGCGGUGACGUUGCCGGCGGCAGCGUUGGCGGCGGUGCCGGUGCCGGUGACGAGGACGAUGGAGUCGACGACGAGGAGGACGACGACGACGACGACGAAAGACUGAGUCCGGAAGCGGAUGACAAGGACAAGGAGCAAGACUGACACGGGGUGUUUAGGGACUACGCGCUGGCGGCGUUCGACGCGGUGCUCCGAACCUAAUUUUUCUGCAGCAGUGUUUUUCUUCACCGAGUGUACUUCCUGCACCGAGAAAUACGCACACGCUAGUCAUAUACAAGCGCGUGUCCCUUGUCCACCACGUGGUCCUCGUCACAGGCAUUCGGCUAAAUCGCCGCUCCUUUCCCCCCGCCCAACCAUUUGCGUGCAUGCCCCCCAACCACCGAUCCUAAUCCUGUCGGACCCCCCUUCUCAUCGCCCUUAGUCGUAAUUCAUAUUAUGUCUAUAUUAUAAUAUUAUAUAUAAAAAAUAAUAAUAAUAAUAAUAAUUAUAUAAUCAUUCGGUCGAAUCGUACGGCCGUGGUUCAUAAUCGCGCGUGUAAUAUAAUACUCGUUUUUAGUGAUAAGGGAUUGAAAUAAAAUAAAAAUAACGAAAAAAAAAUGUAAACAAAACUAUUACAGCUAGUGAAUACAAAGAAACGUGUAAAUUAGAUUUUAAAACAAAUUGAUCGUGUACAUAUUUAUGAGUGAUCGUCGUAUCGUUAUUAAAAAAAAAAAAAAAAACUAUAUUAUUUUA